CGCGAGCGCAGCGAGGCGGAAGGCAUGGACGCGGCGGCCGGGUUCCAGCCGAGCGAGCACCAGCACCGGCGCCGCAACCCGCUGCGGGGGGACUGGGUGCUGGUCUCCGCCCACCGCAUGCGGCGCCCGUGGCAGGGGCAGCUGGAGGAGCCCCCCGAGGAGGACGUCCCGCGCCACGACCCGGCCAACCCGCUGUGUCCCGGGGCCGCGCGAGCGAGCGGCAAGGUAAAUCCCCAUUAUGAGAGCACAUUUAUUUUUGACAACGAUUUCCCUGCAUUGCAGCCAGAUGCUCCGGAACCUGAGGCUGAGGACCAUCCCUUGUUUCGUGCAGCAUCAGCUCGAGGCGUGUGCAAAGUCAUGUGCUUCCACCCCUGGUCUGACCUGACUCUGCCCCUGAUGUCCCUGGCUGAGAUCCGCAGGGUCGUUGACAAAUGGGCUGAGAUAGCGGCUGAGUUGGGUUCCUCCUACUCCUGGGUGCAGAUCUUUGAGAACAAGGGAGCCAUGAUGGGCUGUUCAAACGCCCACCCUCACUGUCAGAUCUGGGCUAGUAACUUCCUGCCCAACGAAGCCUCGCUGGAGGACCAGACGCAGCGGGAAUACCACCAGGAGCACGCUGUCCCCAUGCUGCUGGAAUACGCUCAGCUGGAGGCCGAGCGGAAGGAGCGGGUCGUGGUGGAGAAUGCCGACUGGCUGGUGGUGGUCCCCUACUGGGCAACGUGGCCCUUCCAGACCCUCCUGCUUCCUCGUCGACACGUCUGCCGCCUUCAGGACCUUCAGGAGAGCGAGAGAGACAGCCUGGCGUCCAUCAUGAAGAGGCUUCUCACCAGAUACGACAAUCUCUUCCAGGUGUCCUUCCCGUACUCGAUGGGUUGGCACGGAGCUCCGACAGGGCCAUACCUGGAGGCCAACUGUGGCCACUGGCAGCUCCAUGCCCACUACUACCCCCCGCUGCUGCGUUCCGCCACCAUCCGUAAAUUCAUGGUUGGCUACGAAAUGCUGGCUCAGGCUCAGAGGGACUUAACGCCAGAGCAGGCUGCUGAACGCCUGAGGAACCUGCCGGAGCACCACUACAGGCUGGACCCAAAGGAGACACGCUAGGGCAGGACCUGGCUCUGCCCCCCCUCCUUUUUGGUUUGGGGCCGCCAGGCAAUCCCGGGCUGCUGGCGGAGGGGGCCUGGGGAAUGGUUCCAGCCGAGGCAGGCGAAGUAAGGCUUCUGGGCCUGAGGGCUGCUUAGGACAUUUCUCAAGAGCUGCCUGAGCCCGGGCAGGAUUCCUGUCCUCCCGCUGAGGCCGUGAUACCGGUGAGCACCUGAGCGAGACGCCCUUCACGUCUCCCAAGGGCUCUGCAGACCCCACGGCUCCGUUCCCUGUGUGCUGCAAGGGGCGAGACCCAUCCUUGAAGGAGAGGGAAGCGUGGGACGCCCUCUCCCCACACCAGCUCUUUACUACUACUGCUGAGAGACUGCCUGGCCCUACCUGGCCCGGCCCCGCCCAGCUGCAGAGAGCUGGUAGUAUCAAGUUCCCAGGACUGGGGGUAAAUUAGAGGGGGUGGGGGCAGGGCUGGGGUGGGGGUCUCUUCUUCUGAACUCUCCCCACGCGAUUAGAGCACGGGCAUUUGGGGAUCUGCUCAUUGGGACCUGAACUUGGAAAAUGCUGCCUGCUAGUCCCUUCUGCUUGGGCUGCAUUUUUUUUGCCUUGUAAACCAGAUCACUGUUAUUUAAAAAAAAAUAUUCAGAAAAGAGGCAAAAGAUUCCAGCUGGGGAAUUCUGUUCUUUUAGCUGUGAAGACUUUCCUCUUUCCUGGAAGGAGCUGGGAAGCCCAAGGAUGUGAAGGCCAGCAGCCUCCUCCUCCUCUCUUCUGCAUUUCCCUGCUGCUCCCCCAUUUUUAAUGAGGAAGAUGGUUCUCCAGAUGCUUCUCCCCCUCACUCCCACCUCAGCAAGGACCAGGAUGAGACCUGCAGCUGUGCUACCUUUCAAGGGACUCUGGAUUCUGUCCUCAGGUCUGUCAUCUUCCAGAGCCUAAAAUAGGACAGAGCAUAAGCAAGAUUCUUCAAGGGGAAACCUGUAGCAUUUUGGUACUCGAUGCUCUUUCUUAAAAAAUUCAAAUCUCCAUCUCCAGAUUUUCUCAGUUUGAAAAAAAAAACCGAACCAACCACCUAACUUGCUUGUCCUUCUGUUUUAUUGGUUCAGUGGUGGAGGACAUGGGGCUGCUCCCCCGUUUGCAAAUGGCUUUGCGAGGGCGUUGCGUGGGACCGUACCUCCCUGUUGAUGGCAAAGCAAGGGAGUGGACCCUGCGUGCCAUCGUCCCAUUUUCACCAACAGCUUUUGCGCAGCUGGUGUCCCCACCCACCGGCGGGCUGGAUGUGAAAAGGGACUGGUGCUGGGCUCCGUCAUCUGCACCGCUCAGGGUUCAGCCCAGCAAACGGCUCAGUGCUCGCCCAGGAGCAGUGGACGUAAAUAACCUAUUUCAUAUUUGAAAAGGGAAUCAAAUAAGUUUUUUUUUCCUGAAGUAAUAAAUGCUUUGAUUUGCUUUUA